CCCCAUUUCUCCAUAAAUAGACCCCUCCCGUACCUUCAAAAUCCACCACAAAGCCAUCAACCAAAUCAACAAAGCAAACAGAAAAGAGGAAAAAAGAUACCAAAUUUUCCUUCACUCAUCAAAACACAGUUCCCACUUCGCUACAAAUGGCUCCUCAGAUCACACCAACUUCCGCCGGCGCCCUCGCCGCCAAAACCACCACCGCCACUCUGGCGAAGCAGCCGAGCAUAUCCAAGUGCGCUUACGUCACCUUCCUGGCCGGUAACGGCGACUACGUCAAGGGAGUCGUCGGACUCGCCAAGGGACUCCGCAAGGCGAAGAGCAAGUACCCUCUCGUCGUCGCCAUCCUCCCCGACGUCCCUCAGGAGCACCGCCGGAUCCUCGUCUCCCAGGGCUGCAUCGUCCGGGAGAUCGAACCGGUCAGCCCGCCCGACAACCAGACUGAGUUCGCCAUGGCGUACUACGUCAUCAACUACUCCAAGCUCCGCAUCUGGAAGUUUGUGGAGUACAGCAGGAUGAUAUACCUGGACGGCGACAUCCAGGUGUUCGAGAACAUUGACCACCUGUUCGACCUCCCCGACGGCCACUUCUACGCGGUGAUGGACUGCUUCUGCGAGAAGACGUGGAGCCACACCCCACAGCACAAGAUCGGGUACUGCCAGCAGAGGCCGGACGAGGUCGAUUGGCCCGUCGAGAAGCUGGGCCCGAAGCCCGCUCUCUACUUCAACGCCGGGAUGUUCGUCUACGAGCCCAGCCUGACGAUCUACGACCAGCUGAUGAAGAAGCUGAAGGUCACUCCGCCGACGCCGUUCGCCGAGCAGGAUUUCCUCAACAUGUUCUUCAGGGACGUCUACAGGCCGAUUCCCAACGUGUACAAUCUCGUGCUCGCCAUGCUGUGGCGUCACCCCGAGAAUGUCCAGCUGGAGAAAGUCAAAGUCGUCCACUACUGUGCCGCGGUAAGUCGAUCGAGUUAUUGAGACUGGUUUUGGUUUCGUAUUAUGGAUGUGGACAAGGACUUAAUAUUGGUUUUUGGUAAACAGGGAUCUAAGCCGUGGAGGUAUACGGGGAAGGAAGAGAACAUGGAGAGGGAGGACAUCAAGAUGCUGGUGAAGAAGUGGUGGGAGAUUUACGAGGACGAGUCGUUGGAUUACGGGAACUGGGUCGGGUCGGAGGCGGCGGUGGUGGAUCCGGAGGCGGUGAAUGUGCAGCCGUUCCUGGCGGCGUUGUCGGAGGCCGGAGUGGUUCAUUACGUUACGGCGCCGUCGGCCGCUUAGUGACCGGCGGGAUUAUCAUCAGUAAAUUAUUAGUGUGCUUUGCUUGAGUAAUUAUCAAUUAAGGUUUUGAGCUCCGUGGAAGGAACGAGAAGCUUUUUUUCUUUUUUCCCCCUUGGGAAUUUUCGGUAUAGUUUUAGGAGUGUGGGUUGUUUUUUUUUCUUUUUCUUUUUGAGGAAGUGGCCGGAAAGACUUUGAUUUGGGCGGAGGAGAUUUUUAACCCUCUGUUAAUCUUAGAGGAUCCAUUUCUAUUUGGGCUUUUUUUUUGGGUGUAUAUCUAUGUACUGCAAUUUCUACUAAUGAAAGGCUUAUUAUUAUUUGUAUUAAAUUGUAUCCAAUGGUGG